AUGGAAUUAUUGUGUGGUCUUCCCAAGAGUAUUAAGCGUGAAGAAAUAAACUUUGUUUCAACGGAAGAUAUAAAAAAUGUGAUUGCGAACGGCAUUCUGAAAGAAGAAAAACCUGAUUAUCAUACAAUAGACAAAAAUUUGGAAACUUUGCUGAAAAAAUGGUUAGAUGAUGGUCAUGAACAAUGUGCUUUUUAUCUCGGUCAGAUUUACUUUGAAAAGGCGAAAUACAACGAAGCGUAUGAUUAUUUUCGAAUGAGCUAUGAAAAGUUUAAUGAUCAGCGAUCGAAGUUCCAACUCGGUAUUCUGCUUUAUGAUAAUCUUGUCAGCAAAGAUGUGACAAAAGUUUCAAAUCCUCAAGCUAAAGCUUGUGAACUUUUCAAGGAAAUCAUGGCAUUGAACAACCAAACAUUUUCAACUAAUAGUCAAAGAAACCUAGUUUAUAGUGCUGCAUAUAAUCUAGGAAGAGCAUAUUAUCAAGGAUACGGAGUGCAUUCAUCUACGGAAGAUGCUUUACGAUGUUUUUUAUUUGCUGCAAACAAUGGUGAUCCUGAAGCUUGCAUUUCAGCUCAAACAGCACUUGGUUACUUAUAUUCGGGAUCAGAAAUUCGUGAUUUACAAAAAGCAUUUCGGUGGCAUUCUGAUGCUUGUGGAAAUGGUAGUGUGGAAUCGCAAGCGGUAUUAGGUGUGAUGUAUUUAUAUGGAAUAGGUGUGAAAGAAAAUUGUGAUAAUGCAUUAUUCUGUUUAUCUGAAGCUUCAGCCAAAGGCAGUUUAUAUGCUAAAGCAAAUUUAAUUUAUUUUUACUAUCGACGAAAAAUGUUUACAAAUGUAUGUUACUUGGCUAGCAGACUGGUGAGUUGUGGUAAUUUCAUGACAACAUCGGAAUGUAUACAAACAUUUCAGUAUCGAGCUAUGUCAAUGGCAUGUUUUCUUUAUGCAUUAUGCUUAAAAAGUGGUAAAGGUGUAAAAAAAGAUGAACGAUUAGCUGCUCAGCUAUUUUCCAAGAGUGUUGAAUGGGAUCCAUCAUUAGCCGCAAGAUAUGUGAACUUAGUGAUAGCAGGUGAAUUGUAA